AUGGCAACGAAGAGUGACAGGAAACGUCGAGUGGCCGAGAAAUACGAGUUCCCCACUCUUUAUCAGUGGCUUAUAAAUCUUUUGGGUCUUGGAUUUGGCUGUUUCCAUCGGUGGCAUGUAUCUACGCUGUUCGAAAAUGACCGGCACUUCUCUCAUCUUUCGGAAAUGGAACGAGAAAUGUCCUUCAGAACUGAGAUGGGGAUGUAUUACUCCUAUUAUAAGAUUAUCGCUGAGUCCAAUAAUUUUUCCGACGGUAUGGAAAAGCUCUGUCAUGACAAUUUAUCAGAAUACGAUAAUGUCAUUGAUGUCACUAAAAAGUACAACGUUUUACCUGAGACUCUAGCAGGUUUCCUCUAUCAUAUUGUGAAGAAACUGGGUAUCAUAUCUCAGGCACAAUGCUGGCAGAUAGAAAGAGGAGAUGGUUUACCACCUAUAACUAGCUGUGAAGGCCUAAGUGUACCUGUAUACUUUUAUUUAGAAAUAGUCUGGUUUACUACAAUAGUCACACCAGCAGUACUUUUUUAUUAUGCAACGUAUUUGAGUGAUUCCAUUUACGGUGGAUUCAUAACGAUUUUGUUCUUCUUUUUUAACCAUAACGAAUGCACUCGCGUUCAAUGGACGCCGCCAUUACGAGAAACAUUCGCAUAUCCUUUGUUACUUUUUCAAAUGUACAGUGUUACUAUGGCUAUCAGAAAAUAUACAAGACACGAUGGAAAUAAGGAGCCAAUCUUGGUAAGGAACAGAAGCAUACAAGGGCUAUUCAUGGAUCUAUUUGGCGCGACGAUUUGUAGCUUGUGCACAUGGCAAUUUUCUCACUUUGUUUUUACUACACAAAUUAUAGCCAUUCUUAUACUAAAAUGGCUAAAGAUCAUCCCGAAUGAGUUCUACAGAAAUUUAUCUAUAGCCCAUAUUUUAGCAAUUUUAGGAGCGAUUAAAAUAUCAAACGGGGCUCUUGUACUUUGUUCAAUCUACGCGUGUAUCAUAUUCAGCAGUAAUAUAGCCAGUUUUAUAGUGGAAUUGUUCCGAUUUCAGAACAUCAAACGAGAAAUUGUUUUUGAAAUUGCUAUAACAAUACUUAUUACAAAGUGGAUAAAAUCCUACCUUCUAUAUUCACAAGAUGACGCUCACGUGUUUAAUAUAUUGAAAUCCAAAUUAACGAAUUACAGAGAUUUCCACACUAUGCUUUACACGUGUUCCGCAGAAUUCGAUUUUCUGCAAUAUAAGACUUACGAAGCGAUUAUUAAAACUUUAUUGCUGCCAACAGCAAUACUCGUUGGAAUGCUUGUAUUAUAUUACUGGUACAGAAAUUCUAAGACAAGCAAUUAUCCAUUUUGCAUUGAGGCUGAUAUGGCAUAUAAUGGUCUACAGACUGGCGCCUUUAUAAUCAUGGCCGUUUUUAUUAUGAGAUUAAAGCUAUUUAUGACACCGCAUCUUUGCAUAAUAGCUGGUGCUGCGUGUAGCAAACGAUAUCUCGAGAAAAUUGGCUUGAAAGGUGAACUCAUGCGACUUACUAUUGUUAUACUUUUAUUGGGUGGCAUGUCAUAUCACGGCAUCGAUAGAUUUCAAGAGGAACGCGGAUUUAUAGGUGAAUUUGGCAAUAUUGAACAAGAAGAAUUAUUUGAAUGGAUAAAAAAUAAUACAUCGGAACAGGCUGUAUUUGCGGGAAAAAUGUCGUUGAUGGCGAACCUGAUGCUUUCCACUAGGAGACCAAUCGUUAACAAUCCUUAUUACGAGAGUAAAAAAAUGAGAGACAAAACUUUGAAAGUUUACGAGAUUUUUAGUCGAAAAGAUGCUGUCUCUGUGUAUACCUCUUUAAAAAACAUGAAAGUUAAUUACGUCGUCUUAGAGAAAUUAUUGUGUCUUGGAUUCGCAAAAGUGCCACGAGGAUGUCAAAUGAUCGAUUUAUGGGACAUGACUGACAAUGGAGCGGCGAAAGAGGCGAAUAAACCGCCUCUAUGUCCUCUUUUAUUCAGAGGAAACGCGUAUCCAUUUAAAAGAGUGUUCUUUAACAAUAAUUUCGUCGUGUUGCAAUUGGAUUAUUCGCAUUACGUCGAAUUUAAACCAAAAACUUCUGUGCCAUUACAUUAUCAGUUUUAG